AUGCCUUACCGCUCCUUCAUAUGCCGACUGCUCUUCUGCGCCGUAUUCUCCGUAUCCGUUCUCAACAUCUUCACCAGGGCCACUCAGCCCCGCUUUCACGCCGGAAAAGCCUCCAAUCAUCAUCUUACUGAAGAAACUUUCUGUCCAAAGUCCAAGCUCGCCGAUGACGUUUUGGUCGUCUUGCGAACCGGAGCCACCGAAUCACAAGAAAAGGUGCCAGUGCACUUCCGUACCACGUUGCGAUGCGUUCCCCAUUUUGUUGUACACUCGGACCUGGAUGAGGACAUAGAGGGACACGCUGUUCACGACGUGCUCAAAGGAGUUAGCGAAGAGACGAAGACGACGAAUGAGGAUUUCAAGUUGUACCGCCAACUCCAAGAGCAUGGAAGACGGGGUGUAAAGCAGCAGCAGGUUCUCACAUCAUUGUCCGGCUCGUCGCAAGGGGAUUACCUACGAACUGACAAUGCUGGAUGGCAACUGGACAAGUGGAAAUUCUUGCCUAUGAUCGACCAGGCGCUAGAGGAGAAGCCGGAUGCGAAGUGGUAUUUCUUCAUGGAAGCGGACACGUACAUGAACUGGAACAACCUUUUGGAAUUUCUUGGCAACUUUGACGACAGCAAGCCCUACUACAUUGGCAAACAUCUGUUCAUCAAUGAGGUCGAGUUUGCGUAUGGUGGCGCCGGAUUUGCCCUUUCAAAUCCAGCCAUGCAGAGAGUCGCAUCGCGACGAUCUGAGCGCAUUAGUGAAUAUGAGGAGUUCACAAAGACACAUUGGGUUGGAGACUGCGCACUCGGCAAAGUACUUGAAGACGUACAUGUUCCUCUUCAUCGCGCAUUCCCACACUUCCAAGGCGAUUCCCCAGCCACCCUCGACCCCGCAGUCUCCAAGAUUGACCGCGAUCUAUGGUGCUUCCCUGCCGUUACCUACCACCAUGUCGCCCCUGCUGAAAUCGAAGAGCUUUGGGAUUUUGAGCAAGACUGGUAUAAGCGACAUCAAAUUCUCCUACGCCAUCGAGACGUGUUCAUGGAGCUUGUGCGACCAAAGAUCGACGCAUCAGUCCCUGGGUGGGAUAACAUGUCAGCAGACAAGGAGUACAAUGCGCACGAUCAUUCAGCUGUAGAGAACGAACUUGAGCGAAAUGCCUGGAAGUCUUUUGAGCACUGCCGUGCAUUGUGCGAGGAACAGGAUGACUGCAUGCAAUUCUCCUUUGACGCAGGGAGCUGCGGCAUAUCCACAUCGUUCAGAUUGGGUUACGCGAAGCCGCAAGGAAUGAUGAAGAGUGGAUGGAUGCUGGAUCGUGUAGACGACCUAUUCAGGAGUUUAGAAGAGCAGUGUGGCCUGCGAGAUUGGUUCGCGCCACAGGAGAGUACCACCAACACGGAGUUGAAGAUGAAAAUGAGGCGGAAGAGGACGGUCACCUUCCCUACACAACCCUAG